AAACUUUGGUACCAACAUGUAUUACCGUCUCUGAAGUCCGAGCUACAAUCUCCAGAAGUAUUAGCAAUAGCUCUACGUCCUGUUUUGUACAUUAUAAACGAGAGUACUCUUGAUGAGUACCAAAACCUCAUCCUGCCGAUGUUUCGGAGCGUUUUCAGCAUGCCUAAAUCUGUGCAGGCGACUGUAACGCUGUUGGAAAACCUGGACGUCAUAAUGCGGAAAACUCCUAAAGGUGAUUCAAAAGCAGAUGUGCUUCAAAUGAUGUACAACGCUUUCGAUUCAUCUACUCCUCAGAUUCAGUGUGCAGCUCUCCACGCUGUCGUUGAGGUCGCUGACCACCUAGACGAGGCCGCUGUCAGGAAGAUCAUCUUACCAAAAACUAAACAGGCUUUCGAGCACAACUCUGGUGUGAAG